AUGGGUCGCGUCCGCACCAAGACCGUGAAGAAGUCCGCCAAGGUCAUCAUUGAGCGUUACUACCCCAAGCUCUCGCUCGACUUCGAGACCAACAAGAGGAUUUGCGACGAGGUUGCCAUCAUUGCCUCCAAGCGUCUGCGCAACAAGAUUGCCGGAUAUGCCACGCACUUGAUGAAGCGUAUCCAGCGAGGACCCGUCCGCGGUAUUUCCUUCAAGCUCCAGGAAGAGGAGCGUGAGCGCAAGGAUCAAUACGUCCCCGAGAUCUCUGCCCUCGACUUCACCCAGAACAGCGAGUCCGGCUCCCUGGACGUCGACCAGGAGACCAAGGACCUCCUCAAGAGCCUCGGCUUCGACUCCAUUCCCGUCAACGUCGUCCCCGUCGCCGCACAGCAGGUCGCCGAGCGACCCCGCCGCUUCGGAGACCGCAACCCCCGCUCUUAG